AUGGCUUUGCCCGACAGGGUCCGAGAAUUCUGCCAGGAGAUGCAGGCUGCGGGCAUCUCGCGCAAGGAGGCGCUGGAGGCCGUGGCCGGAGCGUGGCCCACGGCACCGGAGCCAGCCAGACGGUUGGUGUGCGUCCGCAUUGACGGGAGGGUCAUCGAGGAGCGCGUUCUUGACGUCUCCGAGUUGCUGAAACCGAUCCGGAAGGCCACCGCAGCUCACGAGGACUGGGCCACGGGUAUCGGGCUCUUCCUCGAGGUGGCCCAAGCACCUGAUGUGCCGGCGGCGCGAACACUCCUGCGGCAGGCGGACGUGUGCAGCUGCCUCCGGCUCUUGUUGCUCGCAGACAUCUUUGAGAGUCCAUGCAUUCUGCAGCUCUGCUUGGAUGCUAGACCCGCCCCAGAUGAGGCUUGCCAGCACAGGCAGCAUCAGCUGCCGUGCGCGGAGGCGGAGACGGAGCUGGAAGCCUUGAUCCGCGCGGUGCCCUGGCACCUCAUGGAGCGGCUGCUGGCCGGCAUGCCGACCACGAAGCAGGUUUUGGAUUUGGCUGGGGUCUGGACCCGCCCCCCGGCCGACGCGCAAGAUCACCUCCAGGCUUUCCUGAGCUCAAGGUGUGCAGGCCUUGUGGACGAGAUGGACUUGGCAGAAGACUGGUUGGCCUUCUGUGAGAGGCACCCGCACUUGCUGGGCAACCUCCCGAACGCAUGCGGCGAGGCUUUCGAGCGGGUGCGGCAGUUCUUGUCGAAUCUUCCGGAAUUCAUCAGGGCCGUCAUACAGCUCAUGAUCCCGACUCUUGUUCGGGUCCACACUGGCACUUACACGCCAGGGACGUCUCCUGGAUGGUCGUGUUGCGGUCAAAUUCGCAAGAAAACAAGAGGUUGCAAAGCCACAGUCCAGCGUGGGUCUGCGGCGACGGAUGCAUGUUCGACUAGGGGCCACUCUCGCGGGUUCGGAAGGCUCGAGGCGGCGAUUGUGGCGGAACUAACGGUGAUCCAGGAGAGCAUGGUGGAGCUGGCUGACAAGCUGGAGUCCGGCAUUCAGCUUGGAGAAUUGGGGCACUUAGUCUUGGCCGAGGUAUGCUAG